AUGCUGAUGCUUGCGUCCUGCAUCAGCUACGUCAUUUUCCUUUCAGCAGUAUAAAAGCAACGGAGUUGGUAUUGUCCUAGUUUGUGAUCUGUUAUUGUUGUUCAGAAGUCGAGAAUGGUGCAGCUAUCUAAAUCUGGAAUGAGAGAGAGUCUUGAAUUGAAGGCUGGCCAUCCUCCAGCAGGGACAGGAUGGCCAGCUCUGAAGUUCAGUUCAUACAUGAAGGCUGGGGGGAAACGAGUGGCCAAGAAGAGCUAUGAGGAGAGUCAUGCCACCCACCAUGUGAACCCAGAGAGGGAACAGAAGGUUCCCAAACCCAGAUCUGCAGCCACCUCCAGCCGAAUGCAGCUAGUCAGUGUCUUGAUGUCAGGAACACUUGACAAGUUGGGACAUGACUUCCCAGAGACCCCAGUAAGUGUGAAACACAGCAGACUCAGACCUGCUUUGGAGAAGGCACACUCGCCAGCUUUCAAGUCUAGCUUCUGCAUCCAGCAACCGAAAAAGUUCUGAAGCAAAAUGUGUUGAAGUUGCCUGAGAGAAACAUGUGAAGUCAACUGUGUAAGACCAGCAGGAAGUGUUAGUUACAUGCAUGAGAGGACCAACAUGAGAUGUCAGAAAAGACUUGAAUGUUUAACGUUAUUAAUUAAUGUAGAAUCAAUUCAGCUACUUUGAAUUGGUUGCAAUUUGUGACUGCUUCUUUUAGGUGAACUUUGUGGGGAUAUGGGUGGAUUUCUGCUUACUAUGAACCAGCAUUUACUGUGCCUUUUUAUUAAUGUGUAUGCGACCCUGUAACCAUAAGUGAACUAAAAGCGCACAUGGUGGGGAUUUUGAAAUUAGUUUGUUGCAUAAGAGGGUAUAAGCUGGAUGACUUGACUGUUUCGUCAGUGUCUGUUUUCAUAGUGAUAAGCUUAGCGUUUGUUGAUGGCUUGAAUAAAAAAAUUGCAUAGCAUUA